UAUUAACAAUAAAUACUCUUUCACGUGCUCUAACUUCACAAUGAUCCCUCUGCUGUCAUCCCACAACCAAAAGAGUAGUACUACUCUCCAUCUCUGAUCAAACGAGAUCGUCUUCUCUCACCCUCUCUCUCUCACAUGGGUUGUUGCGUUAGCUCCGGCACCGCUGAUCGGACCAAUGAGAACGGGUCCAACAAGAACACGACCAUUGUCGAAGAAGAAACAGUCGUCAAAGAAGUCUUGUCGGAGACAACAUUUCACACUACUUCCUCUGGUGUCCAAAACUCAGCCAUGGAUGAUCCGGUGAAAAGGAAGAUCCGGGGAAGAGAGGAGGGAAAACAAAAAGUUACUCCGGACUCGUGUAUGACCCGACCCGUCUUGAACGACCCGGAAGAAGGAUCAGAGGUUUCGGAGAUAUGUAGCUUGAGCUUGAGUGAGAGUGUUUCUUCGACGGCUGUGAUGAAUGGGUACGGUGAGGAAGAAGUGAAGCAGAGGAAAUCUCAGAGAUCCCCGGCUAAAACUCGGAUCCGGGUCACUGGUAGUAAUUAUCCGACCCGAAUAACCGAUCAAUCUUCUCGUAAGAGAAACAACGGAGUGUGUAAUACUGGAGAGAGAGUCGGGUCGGGUAUGAGAGACCCGGGUGAGAGAUCCGGAAGAAGGUCGAGAUCGCCGGCGACGAAUAGAUCCGUGAUGGAUUCGAAUCAGAGUCGGGUGGGUGGGGUAAGGGCUCAGAAGAGUAGUCAGUCUCCGGGUCGGGUUAAGUUAGAUCCGAAUAAGAACACGUUGGAUCAGAAACAAUAUCAAAACUACGGCUAUACCACCGCAGAGUUGUUAGAGAACCCACUUGUUUCAUUAGAGUGUUUCAUAUUUCUCUGAAGAAAAUGAUAUUCCGAGAAAGACUUUUCUCUUCUUUUCUUUUUUCAAACAUUUGAAGCUGGAUUGUAAUUCGUUAUGCCACUUACCUUACCUCUGUAAUUCAUUUUUAAUACUAAAACUGAAAUAGACAAUUUACAAAUAAA